ACCAAAUAGUGCAUUCCAUUGCAUUUGCAUGAGUGAGACAACCCACACGCAACCAAAAACUGUUGCCAAACGACAAUUUCUACUCUUUCUUUAUCUUUCUCUAUUUGUCUCCACUCUGAUCAUUAUAUUGUUCAUCACCAUAAUAAACACUUAUAACAUAUAACAUAGAAACUUUCCUUGGUUUCAAACUUCACUUUGAUUUUGGGGAUGAAUCAUUUGAGUAGUUGGGUAUGAAAUGGAGGACGAAGAUGAGGAUCUUUCUCUGUGUUUUCAUGAACUAAAAGAAACUUGAUUGACUGUGAUGAUGAGAGAAGAGAAGGGGCCAAAGCCUUUCAUAGUGAAAUUAGGCUUGGCUUUAGCUCUUUCAUUUGCUGGAUUCAUCUACUCUCACCUCAGAGCUAAAAGAGUCAAACCCAGCAAUAAUACUUCCUCUACUCAGGGGCCUCNNUCAGGUCAAGGGAGUCACACUAAUAUGGGAGAAGGCAUAGGAGCAGCACUAGGUUCUGUUUCAGAAGGAAAUUAUUCACAUAGUCAGGAAGAUACAUGCAUCAACAGGGUGAUCUGUAACAAUUCAACCAUAGGUAUCUCUCAUAGCAGUAAACAAAAUGAAGAUAAGAAUGAGUUAUUCCUUGCUGAAUUUCAGAAUCUUGUGAAAGAAGUAGAAUUUGGAGCCACCCUUGACAGAAAGUCUUCAGAGAAAGAUGUAGAAGCAACAGCAUGUGUAAGUCAUGAGAAGGAUGACUAUGAAAAAGAGGUAACAAAGCUCAAAAACAUAAUUUCAAUGCUUCAAGAAAGGGAACAUAGUCUUGAGGUUCAACUUCUUGAGUGCUGUGGUCUUAGAGAGCAACAAAAAUCAGUGAAGGAACUGCAAAAUAGAUUGAAGAUAAGUAAUAUGGAGGCAAAGAUGUUCAGUCUAAAGGUUCAGACCUUACAAUCAGAGAAUCAUAGAUUACAGGAACAGGUGACUGAUCAUGCAAAAGUGGUUGCUGAGCUUGAGGCCACAAAAGCCAAAGUUGAACUAUUGCAGAAGAAACUUAAGCAUGAGGCUGAACAUAAUAGGGAGCAGAUCAUAAUUCUUCAACAUAGAGUUUCCAAAUUGCAAGAACAAGAACAAGAAUGCAAAGCUGUUUAUUGUGAUCAUGAUAUUCAAUUAAAGCUGCAGGAUCUUGAGUCUGAAGUAGAAGUGUUGAGGCAAUCUAAUUUCAGAUUGCAGCUGGAAAAUUCUGAAUUAGCUCAAAGAUUGGAUUCUACACAGAUCCUUGCAAAUGCUGUUCUGGAAGAAGCAGAGGGGGAUACUCGGAAGGAAGAUAUCGAACGCCUUAGACAAGAGAACGAGAGGUUGAUGAAGGAAAUGGAACAACUACAAGCUGAUCGGUGUUCAGAUGUUGAAGAAUUAGUGUAUUUGAGAUGGAUAAAUGCUUGUUUAAGAUAUGAACUAAGGAACUACCAGCCCCAACCUGGUAAGACAGUUGCAAAGGAUUUAAGUAGAAGCUUAAGUCCUACAUCUGAGAAGAAGGCCAAGAAGCUUAUACUUGAAUAUGCAAAUAGCAAUGGAGAAGGGAACAUUGUGGAUUUUGAUUUAGACCAGUGGUUCUCCUCCCAAGGUUCUUCUCUUACAGAUUCUGGAGAGUAUGAUGACUCUUCUUCCAUGGAUAAUUCAUCAACUGCCAGAACUAACACCACUGGAAAGACCAAAAUCUUUAGCAAGCUUAGGAGAAUCUUACAUGGCAAAGAUAGUCAGGUUUCAUCACAAGCAAAUUCUGGAGCUCAGAGCCGAAGAAGCGAGUUUACAACUCCCACCGUCACAUCUAGAGCUUCCUUUGAUUUAUCUGUAUUGACUAGGAUGAAGCAAAGUGAUAGGAGAAACUCAGAUAGCUUUGUCCUGGGAGGCUCAAGUAAAAUCAGUCCAAGGGGAGAAGCUUCUGAUUUGGAGAAAUAUGCAAAAGCUUUAGAAGAUUCUAGUGCGAGCGCUCGACACCAGAGGCGCAGAAGAGCAACAUCAUAUAGUUAGUGAAAAUAGCCUUAAUACACUAUACACUACACAGUUGACUAUGUGUAAUUAGCCUUAAGGACUAGUUUCAGAAUCCAAACCUCUGUAUCAAAUAAGAAUGCAUUUUGUAACAUUGGCAGGCAUUCACCAAUAAUGUUUUAGUUUGUUUCUA